ACCAACAUGAUUUGGUCGGUUUUCCUUCCAUUUCUGCAGAACCAAAGCGAGACAUACAUACAUACAUCUCUAUUCUCAUACAGAAGCAAAAAAAAUUUCCUUUUCUUUUUCUUACUGUUUCUAUCUUGGUUUUCCCGGAAAAUUUCUUGGAAAGUUUGAAGGUUCAUGAGGGGGACUCUGUCUCACAGAUAAGUUUCCUUUUCAAGUAUUUAUCUAAAAGAAAGAUUUGGGUAUGGAAGAAUAGGUGUUUGUAGCUGAAUUAGGUCAGUUUCUCUCUCUCUCUCUGAAUUGGGAUUUGUAUUUUUUGUUCUGGGUUAACAUCAAAAAAUCCUAAUUUGGAGGGAAGGGAAAAUUCCUUAUUUUCUUUAUGGUUUUGGAAAUUCUGUGGUGUUUUGAAUGUGCAUAUUAUAUGAUAAUGAACAGAACCCAUUUGAGUUUGUGUCUAAACUAGGGUUUUGUGAGCUUCUUUCGCCAAAGUUUACACCUGAUUUGAGGUUUUAUGUAGAUUUGGUUACUGGGUUUUAGAUGAGUUGUUAGGUGAUAGGGUUUGGCAUGGUGGGUAUGCAAAUUUUCUUCAUUUUCUUAUGUGGUUAAUUGGAUUUGGAAGAUACGAUACGAUACAAUUUUAUAUAAGUUAAAUUUGUGAAAAAUAUGUAUUUGAUGUCUUGAUUCACACCUUUUUGGAGGUUUUUAUGCUGCAAUGGUCUUUGGGUUGUGGUGAUUUUAUGUUUGAUUGGAUUGGAUCAGUAGGAUUUUGAUUCAAAGUAAAGUUGUAGUUUAGGAAAUCCAGGUUUGACGUUUUUGGUCAUUUGGAAUUGUUGGGUUUGUGAUGGGGAAGCAAAUGGGGAAGAAGAAGAAGAAAGAGGUGGGAAAAAAACCGGGUGAUUCAAGUGUGAAAGAAAGUAAAGUUGGGGAAAAUAACCUGAAAGUGUAUGAUAAAGAUACAGAAGUAUUCAUUUUGAUGUCCCAGGAAUUGAAAGACGAGGGGAACAAGUUGUUUCAGAAGAGGGACUAUGAAGGAGCCAUGUUAAAAUACGAGAAAGCUAUCAAAUUGCUUCCGAGAAACCACAUAGAUGUAUCCUAUCUUAGGAGUAACAUGGCCGCUUGCUAUAUGCAGAUGGGUCUCGGUGAAUAUCCUAGGGCAAUCCACGAGUGCAAUUUAGCUCUUGAAGUCACGCCCAAGUACAGUAAAGCACUCUUGAAGAGAGCUAGAUGUUACGAGGCUUUGAAUAGGCUGGAUUUUGCACUGAGAGAUGUAAGUACAGUGUUGAAAAUGGAACCGAAUAAUAUCAUGGCAACGGAGAUUGAGGAACGAGUGAAAACAACCAUUGAGAAAAAAGGCACCAGAACAAAUGAUAUGGCAGUUGAUUUAGUUCCGGAAUAUGUUGAACCACCUUGUGCUUCAAAUCUGCCAAAUUUAGUGAAAGAGAAGCCCCGAAAGAAGAAGAACAAAAAAAUUGAGGAGAAGCCUGAUGACAAAACUGAGGAAAAAAUCGAGGAGGAGGUAGAAGAGGAAGCUGAUGAAAAAAAAUCCGAGGACAAAGCUGAGGAGAUGAAGGUAGAAGAGAAAACUAAUGCCAGGGAUGAAGUUGAGGAGAAAGAGGUAGAAGAGGAAGCUGAUGAAAACAUGGGCGAGGACAAAGUUGAGGAGAAGAAUGCAGAACAGAAAACCGAUGAAAACAAUGGUGAGGACAAAGUUGAGGAGAAGAAUGCGGAACAGAAAACUGAUGAAAACAAGGGUGAGGACAAAGUUGAGGAGAAGGAUGCGGAACAGAAAACUAAUGAAAACAAAGGUGAGGACAAAGUUGAGGAGAAGAAUGCGGAAGAUAAACUGGUUGUGAGGGAAAAAAUAAGUAAUGUUUUGGAAGAAGAGCCUAAAAGAACUGUUAAAUUGGUAUUUGGGGAUGAUAUAAGAUGGGCACAGUUGCCUUUCAAUUGCAGCCUUUUGAAAUUGAGAGAGAUUAUAUGUGAUCGCUUUCCGAGUUCAAAAGCCGUACUUAUCAAAUACAGGGACCAAGAAGGUGAUAUGGUCACGAUCACCACUAACGAAGAGCUGAGGUGGGCUGAAGCAUCUGCUGAACAACCGAAUUCUGUCAGGCUGUAUAUAUUUGAAGUCAGUCCAGAGAAAGAUCCUUUCUAUGAUAAGGUUAAAAGGGAAGAGGAGGUGAACAAGCCUAAUACCAAACAAAAUAACAUUACUGAGAAUGGAAGUAUUGGGAAAGGUAAGAAAACUGAAAUGGGUCCAACUUGCAUUGAUGACUGGAUUGUUGAGUUUGCUCAGAUUUUCAAUAACUAUGUUGGGUUUAAUUCUGAUGCAUAUUUGGACCUUCAUGAGCUUGGGAUGAAGCUCUACACUGAGGCGAUGGAAGAGACAGUUACAAGUGAAGAAGCCCAAGAGCUCUUUCACACAGCAGCGGAGAAGUUUCAGGAGAUGGCAGCUUUGGCCUUGUUCAAUUGGGGAAAUGUUCACAUGUCCCGGGCAAGAAAAAGGGUGUACUUCACAGAAGAUGCUUCUAGAGAAUCAGUACUUGAAAUGGUUGAAACCGCAUAUGAUUGGGCUCAAAAGGAAUACUUGAAAGCAGGAAAGAGAUAUGAAGAAGCGUUGAGAAUUAAGCCAGAUUUCUUCGAAAGCGUUCUAGCGCUUGGGCAACAACAGUUCGAGCAGGCAAAACUCUCUUGGUGUUAUGCAAUCAGCACCGAUGUUGAUCUUGAAACUUGGCCUACUACAGAUGUUCUUCAGCUUUAUAACAACGCCGAGAACAAUAUGGAGACUGGAAUGCAGAUGUGGGAGGAAGCCGAGGAGAAGCGUCUAAAUGAACUAUCGAAGCCAAAUAAAGUUAAAACGCUAAUUCAGAAGUUUGGUUUGGAUGCAUUAUAUAAAGAUGUAUCUGCAGAAGAAGCUGCAGAUUUGGCUGCAAACGCGAGGUCCCAGAUUAACCUUUUGUGGGGUACAAUGCUCUAUGAACGGUCAAUUAUGGAAUUCAAAUUAGGGCUUCCGGUCUGGCAAGAAUGUUUGGAGGUUGCGGUUGAAAAGUUCGAACUUGCCGGAGCUUCUCCAACGGAUAUUGCUGUUAUGAUAAAGAACCAUUGUUCCAAUGAUACUGCACUUGAAGGCUUAGGGUUCAACAUUGAUGAGAUAGUACAGGCGUGGAACGAGAUGUAUGAAGCUAAAAGGUGGCAUAGUGGUGUUCCUUCUUUCCGAUUAGAGCCGUUACUUCGACGACGAGUUUCAAAACUUUAUCAUGCCCUGGAGCACGCGUGAGUUUCUCGUUGUUGAUCUGAUUUCUGAUGAACAAGAAAUGGACUCACUGUUACUGCUGCAUUGCCCCUAUCAGUACUCCUACAUGCUUUUCAUUCUACAUAAGCUCAUAGGUUCCGCUUCGGCCUUAGACGCGUGUAAAGACAAAGAAGGCGGUUCACUGGUUUUGCAAUUGUUGUUUGUAUUUUUUACAUCGAAGAACCAAAGCUACUAUUAGUUCAGUUAGUUCUUUGGGGAUGCGAAGAAGCAGAAGGAAUUUCUUUUUCUUUUUAAUUUUUUUUCUGCUCUUACCCACAUCACCUCCCCAUUUCUAUCAGUUUCAGGAGGCAUGGAAAAGAGUUUUUUUUUUUUUUUUUUU